AUGUUUAGCUGUAUCAAGAGCGCUUCCAAGCGUGUGAAUAUGAGAUCGAUUUCGAGCGCGAGUGCGUCCGGUCGCGGAUCGUCGUCGUGGGCGGGGAAAAUGGGUGUUUUUGGAGCCGUUUCGGGCGUUUUGGGAGGUUCUGCGUUGCUGUACGCGGAUUCCAUGACUGCGGAAGCUAUGACCGCUGCGGAACACGGUCUGCACGCGCCGUCGUUCGCGUGGUCUCACAACGGUCCCUUUGAGACGUUUGACCACGCGUCCAUCAGGAGAGGCUACCAAGUGUACCGUGAAGUUUGUGCGGCGUGCCAUUCCUUGGACAGAAUCGCGUGGAGAACCAUGGUCGGUGUGUCGCACACCAACGCAGAAGUACGUGCCAUGGCCGAGGAGUUCGAGUACGACGACGAGCCCGACGACCAAGGCAACCCCAGAAAGAGACCCGGUAAACUUGCCGACUACAUCCCUGGUCCUUACCCCAACGAACAAGCCGCCAGGGCCGCCAACCAAGGCGCGCUGCCCCCAGAUUUGUCUUUGAUCGUCAAGGCCAGACACGGCGCUUCCGAUUACAUUUUCGCGUUGCUGACCGGUUACCCAGAGGAGCCACCGGCAGGUGUGGUUCUCCCACCGGGAUCCAACUACAACCCUUACUUCCCUGGUGGAUCUAUUGCCAUGGCCAGAGUGUUGUUCGACGACUUGGUCGAAUACGAAGACGGUACUCCUGCUACGACUUCCCAGAUGGCUAAAGACGUGACCACGUUUUUGGCCUGGUGUUCUGAACCCGAGCACGACGAAAGAAAAAGACUUGGUAUCAAAGCGAUCAUCGUGCUUUCGUCGUUGUACUUGUUGUCCGUGUGGGUCAAGAAAUUCAAGUGGGCCGGUAUCAAAUCCAGAAAAUUCGUAUUCAACCCUCCAACCAAGAAAUAG